GUACAAGUAAUAGGAUUUGAGAUGAAAACGAUAUUAGCGCUCUUCGCACUUGCUCUGUGCGUGUGGUUGAACACCGCUGAAAUUUCAAUAUGUACAAAGAAUUCGACGGCCAGAAGAUGUGUGAAAAAUAUACAUACCUGUCAUCACGGAGUCGUUAAAACCAAGUGCUGCAAUUUGGGGUGUGAAUGCAAUAAAGGAUUUGUGUUCGAUGAGCAGAGGAAUGAUUGUGUCAAGAGGAAGGAUUGCACCAAGAGAAGAAGAUUGUCCAAUUUUAUUUCGAAGGAUUGUUGGUGCGAUGAGGAGAAUAACGAGGAGAUAUCGCAUUGUUCCACUUGUCUAACAACGUGUCAAUCAAAGGGAAUAUCAGGCUUGGGUGAUUUCUUGCAUCGUAAAAAGGGUUGUGCUUGUAAAAAGGAUUACAUUUUGGAUGAGAGGGACAAUAGGUGCGUGAAGAGUUGCGGUCAGGAGAAACCGUCAUUUUUGGAUGACGGACAGCAGAAAUGGAACGGAAAACAGGAUAAUAAAGAAGAGAACGGUGAUGAUGGUGAUAAUGUUAAAGGCCUAAAUGGAAAUAGUGGUUUAGGUGGUACAAUUGGAAACAAUCAAGGUGUUCAGUACGAAGAACAUAAGUAUAUUACUAUAAAAGGAGACAUUGUAAUUGGGAGACUCGAUGGUGAUUCAGAUAGGGGAGCGGAUCGAACAAGAGGAUAUGGUAAUGCUGAAGGUGGAGGUAACGGAACAAUAGCAGAGCAGUCAAACUAUAACUUGAGUAGAUAUGAUCAGUUCGUAGUAAGUGAAGAUAUUAAAAUAGAAGAAACUGUAACUGGGAGAUCCGAUGAUGGUUUGGACGUGGGAACGGAUCUAAUUGAAGUAUAUGGUAAUGCGGAAGAUGGAUAUGACGGAACAAUAGCAGAGCAGUCAAACUAUAACUUGAGUAGAUAUGAUCAGUCCGAAGUAAGUGAAGAUAUUAAAAUAGAAGAAACUGUAACUGGAAGAUCCGAUGAUGGUUUGGACGUGGGAACGGAUCUAAUUGAAGUAUAUGGAGAAGGUGGAGGUAACGGAAAAUUAACAGACCAGUUAAACUAUAUCUUGAAUGGAUAUGAUCAGUCCGAAGUAAGUGAAGAUAGUAAAAUAGAAGAAACUGUAACUGGGAGAUCCGAUGAUGGUUUGGACAUGGGAACGGAUCUAAUUGAACCCAUUACCAUAUAUGCGGAAGGUGAUGAUGGUUUUUUAGUGGUGGAUUUGGAAUACAUCAAUAUAUAAUAAUGAAGACAAUAAAAAUUAAGAAAAAAUUAAAGAA